AUGGUUAUUCUAAUGGAAGAAUGGGCACAACAUCUUUGUGACCCAAAAUACGCUGAUACACUAAAGCAAUCAAAAAAGAAGAAUACCUUAUAUCCACCAGGUUUUACACCAUCCGAUAUUGUUGAAGGAAAAAAUGGUGAACCAGUUAAUCACAGCCGUCCAGUGGUCAACUUAGAUGCAUUACAAGUGCAGAAAGCUUGGCAAAUAGCUCUACAACCGCUGAAGUCCAUUCCGAUGAAUUUCUUCAUGUCCUACAUGUCUGGUACCUCUCUUCAGAUUAUUCCUAUAGUAGCAGCGUUGAUGCUUCUAUCUGGUCCAAUUAAGGCUAUAUUUUCCGUAAAACAGGCGUUUAAGCCAGUAUUAGGGAACUCAAAUACAAAUUCAACAAUCUGGGGAGCUAUGUUAUUGUAUAUUCUAGGGCAAUGUGCUUUAAUGUACAUUGGUAUAAGGAAACUGAAUCAAAUGGGUUUAAUUCCAAAUACAACUAGUGAUUGGCUAGCAUGGGAACAGAAAGUAGAUUAUAACCAUAACAUUAAAUCAGUAGUAGUUUAA